UCCGUCCGUCCCGCCAUGGCGGGGCCGGCGGCCGCGCGGCGGCGGGGCGCGGGCUGCGGCGCGCUGCUGGUGCUGCCGGCGCUGCUGGUGAGCUGGGCCGCCUGCCAGGCCCCGCCGGUGCCCGCGGCCGCUCAGCCGCCCCUCGACGGCACCGACCUCCGCGUCGAGCGCCGCUUCGUGCCCGAGAGCUGCCCGCGGACCGUCAAGCCCGGAGACUUCGUGCGCUACCACUACCUGGGCGCCUUCCCCGACGGCACCCGCUUCGACUCCAGCUACGACAGGGGAUCCACGUUCAACGUGUUUGUGGGAAAAGGGCAGCUGAUUGCUGGGAUGGACAAAGCUCUGAUCGGCAUGUGCGUGAAUGAGCGGCGGUUCGUGAAAAUCCCCCCCAAGCUCGCCUACGGAAGCGAAGGCGUCUCUGGUGUCAUACCCCCCAAUGCUGUGCUCCAUUUCGACGUGCUCCUGAUAGAUCUUUGGAACUUGGAGGAUGAAGUGCAGGUUCAGACUUACUUCAAACCUGAGAAGUGUCCUCGGACAGUCCAGGUGUCUGACUUUGUACGGUACCAUUACAAUGGAACGUUCUUAGAUGGGACCCUGUUUGAUUCAAGCCACAAUCGGAUGCGAACUUACGACACUUACGUGGGAAUUGGAUGGCUGAUUGCUGGCAUGGACCAGGGUCUCUUGGGAAUGUGCGUGGGCGAGAAGCGCAUUAUCACAAUACCACCUUUCCUGGCCUAUGGGGAAGAAGGAGAUGGUAAGGAGAUCCCUGGGCAAGCUUCCCUCGUCUUUGAUGUGGUUUUGCUAGAUCUCCAUAACCCCAAAGAUGGUAUUGCCAUUGAGAACCAGCAGGUGCCUGAGUCCUGUGAGCGGAGAAGCCAGACAGGAGACUUCCUCCGGUACCACUACAAUGGCACACUCCUGGACGGCACGUUGUUUGAUUCCAGCUACUCACGAAAUCGUACCUAUGACACCUAUGUUGGGAAAGGUUACGUGAUUGCUGGAAUGGAUGAAGGUUUGCUGGGUGUGUGCACUGGUGAAAAAAGAAGAAUAAUAAUCCCCCCUCACCUUGGAUACGGGGAAGAAGGAAGAGGAAAGAUUCCAGGGUCUGCAGUGCUGGUGUUUGACAUCCACGUGGUUGACUUCCACAACCCCUCGGAUUCUGUCAGCAUUACUGUUAACUACAAACCUUCCAACUGCACCGUGCUGAGUAAGAAGGGAGAUUACUUGAAGUACCACUACAACGCUUCACUCCUGGAUGGCACUUUGCUGGACUCGACACACAGCCUUGGCAAGACCUACAACAUAGUUCUGGGAUCUGGACAGGUGGUGGUGGGGAUGGACAUAGGCCUUCAAGACAUGUGUGUCGGGGAGCGACGGACAGUCGUUAUUCCACCUCAUCUUGGUUACGGAGAGGACGGAGUUGAAGGAGAAGUGCCCGGUAGCGCUGUGUUGGUAUUCGACAUCGAACUGCUGGAACUGGUGUCUGGUUUGCCUGAAGGGUACAUGUUUGUCUGGAAUGGGGAAGUCUCUCCCAAUCUUUUUGAAGAAAUAGACCAGAAUCAUGAUGGAGAGGUACUUUUGGAGGAGUUUUCAGACUACAUUCAGGCCCAAGUCGAUUCUGGCAAGGGGAGACUAGCUCCUGGUUUUGAUUUUGAGAAGAUCAUUAAAAACAUGUUCACCAAUCAAGAUCGAGAUGGCAACGGUAAAGUUACUGCUGAGGAGUUCAAGCUUAAAGACCAGGAGGCCAAAGAGGAGCACGAUGAACUGUAAUGAUAAGGAAAAAGAGCCCUGAGCUGACCUGCUGUCGGGAGGUGUGUACUGGAAGGGGUUUUGGUGUUUCUGAGUGGGGAGCAUUUGGCUAGAUAAAUAAAUAGAUAGCCCCUGUCUGUCUGUAAUGGCAUGCUGACAGGCUCUUAAAACAGGGAGAGAUUCUCAGUUGGAAUUCUUGGGUACAUUGGAACAAAAGAUGGGAUGUAUAAAUGGGUCAUUGUGAACCACAAGGGCUGCCUUUACACUAAAGAUUCGGAGUUCUCAUUGAGCACUGUACAGUCCCAUGGAUGGGUGGGUGGGUGGGUGGACAGGAGAAAACUCACCAAGUGCUUUUUAAAAAACCUUUUGAACCAGAAAAUAUCCCCCAUGAAAAUAACCUGUAAAACUAGUCAGCUGCUGCAGCUGGUUCCUCCAGGAAGGCGUGAACCCUCCUUCCAGUACCCGAACCAGCCCACAGCAGGGUUUGCCAGCAGGAGCACCCACCUGCAUGUUGUCAUAGCUGUGCCAUUGCAACACUGCCACAAGCCAUGAACUGAGUGAAACGGGCCUGGAAUUGUAACCAUGCAUGUGCCAGGUUCUUACCUUAGCAAAUAAAACUUUGCUGCCAUCUGUGUUGUAUUUAAUGAAUGACUUUACCUCUCUCUGGCCUGCUGAAACAGUGUUCCCAUCAGCAAUUCCCAAACCUUCCCACUUGCAACCUUAUUUAUAUUUUCAUUAGACUUUAAAUGUUAGUAUUAAGGGGUCCAAAUACUGUCACAAAUACUGGAUACAAUUGCUUUUGCAUUGGGCUUCCAUCUCCUCUUUUGGGAAUUGUUAGGCUGCAGGGUAAGGACGUAGAGCCAUGUCUGGCAUGACAAACAAGGAGACGGUGACAGAAUCAAGAGACAGCCUUGCCAGUUCACCUCUGCCAACAUUCUGGCCCAUCCCUGAACAUGGGACUGGGCUGGGAAGUGCUCUGUAGGUGAUGUGAACUCUCAAGACACCCAUCAGAUCUCUAAGUGCAGGCAGCUGUUGAGUAGAAAACACUCUAAAAGGACAUCGUCUGGAAGGCCACAUGACCCCCCCCUCAGUACACGCCACGCAAAGGGCACAAAUACCUACCAUGAGACACUGUCAGACGAGUAAGAAGGGAGUUGUGUCUCCAUUAUAUGCUUUGUGUCUAGUUUCUUGCUUUUUGUGAUCUGUACAGGUGGGCUGUAAGCUCCCCAAGAUGCUCUUUUUACAAACUGGUGUUUCAAUUGAAUGAAAACAUUUUGUACCGGUUUUUAAUACAGUUGUUAGAGGAAAUGCAGUGAAACUUUUUUGAGUUUGAUGCCAUUAAAAGUUGGAUAACUGAUGUUUUUUGUUAAAUAAAAUGUUGAUCAAC